GAAAAGUUGCUGAUAAGAUGUUUCGGUAGUAAAGAUAAGUGAAAAAGUGCUUGCAAUAAUUCCUGACAAAAUGUCAAAGACCGGCCUUUUAACGGCAGUGCAUCUCGCCAACCUGCCCGGUACCUUAGCGGCCGCCCGGAAGUACGCACUAGGAACGUUGUACGUGCAGUUACAUCCUCGAUUCACGGACGAACACAGAGCUACCGCUUUUAGCAAGUUGAUCGCAAAUGUUUAUCAAAAUUCACCCCGUGUGCUCGGUGCAGGGUUGGAUUUGAAAUUUCUGGUCAGCACUUUAAAAUUCAAAGAUUUUGGUCCUCUGAAACGAAAAAUUGAUUAUCUCUUUUUCGACCAUCCGAUCGGGUCGGUUGAGAACACAGAAAAUUUGCUGCGCUUUCAUGGUGAUUCUAAUGUCGUAAUUUUAAGCAAUCAACCGUUUUCCCUUGAUACAGCCGAUUUAAAGCUGGAACCAACAGAAACGUUCAAAAACGUUGUCCUAGGUGGUACUUUCGAUAGGAUGCAUGCUGGUCAUAAGGUAUUACUGACGCAAGCCGUUUUAUUGGCUGAAAAACGUUUAGUAGUUGGGGUUACUGAUGAAAAUAUGAUUAAGAGUAAAAAGCUAUGGGAAUUGAUUACGCCAGUAGAGCAAAGAAUUCUGGAAGUUCGUCAAUUUCUAGAGGAAAUCGAUUCAACGCUGAAAUACGAGAUAGUGCCCAUCAGCGAUCCCUUCGGUCCAACGGCUAGUGAUCCAAAUAUGGACAUGAUCGUAGUCAGCAGCGAAACAGCUCGCGGUGGCGCCAAGGUAAAUGAGCUUCGCGCCAGUAAAGGUCUCAAACAGCUGCAGGUGCAUACAAUCGAGCUACUGGACGAUGAGUCGACAAUCGAUGAUAAAGAAGACAAGAUCAGCUCCAGUAAUCAACGAAUGGACUUGCUUGGAACUCGUUUAAAACCACGGGAUCCAAAACCACACCUGAGUUCGAGUCCUUACAUCAUUGGUUUAGUUGGCGGAGUGGCGUCCGGUAAAAGUAGAAUGGCAGAAAGGUUUCAAAAGCUCGGUGCUGGUGUGAUUGAUUGUGAUAAGAUUGCGCAUGAGUUGUACGCACCAGGAGAGGAUUGCUACCAAACAGUAGUAAACAAUUUCGGUGUCGGAAUCCUGAACGAAGAUAAAACAAUUAACCGCAAGUCAUUGGGAGCAAUAGUAUUUGCGAAUCCGGACAAAUUGAACAUUCUUAACAUCAUUAUGUGGGAGGCAAUCUUAGAAAGAGCUAAAAAGCGUAUUGCGGAAAUGUAUUACAAGGAAAACAAACAAGUCGUUAUAAUGGAGGCAGCCAUUUUACUGCAGGCUGGGUGGCAAACAGCGUGUCAUGAAAUUUGGUCCUGUUUUAUCCCACGAGAGGAGGCCGUCAAACGAUUGAUUGACCGAAACGGGCUUAGCGAGGAAGAAGCCUUGAAAAGGAUAGGGGCGCAAAUCAGCAACUCGGAACUGGUGAAGCAUUCGGACAUUGUUUUCUGUACCGCUUGGAGCUAUGAAUACUCUCAGCAACAGGCAGAAAAAGCAUGGGCAUUGUUAAUGGGAGAAUUGAAACAAAAAUUGUAAAUUGUUUAGUUAUUUGCGUCGGGUGUUUGAAUAGCAAUUGGGUGUUUGAAACAAA